AUGCGUUUCGGCAAGACUCUUCGCGAGUCCAUAUAUGCGCCAUGGAAGGACCAGUACAUAGACUACGCGAAACUGAAGACGAUGCUACGAGAGGAUAGGAAGGAGGACGACGAUGUACCUUGGACCGAAGACGACGAGAACAAGUUCUGCGACGAGAUAUUCAACGUACAAUUGGAGAAGGUGGCUCAAUUCCAAGAGAAGACCGUCAGCGGAUUGAAGGAACGCGCCGAGGUUGCCUUCGAGACAUUGAAGGAGAUGACACCCUCCGACGACAAGCCUAAGAGUGAUAUCACGGCCGCUCGGCUGAAGGAGCUUAAGAAUGAGCUGGACGCUAUCACCAACGAGAUUAAGGAGCUGAAAAAGUAUAGUAGUGCAAACUACACUGGUUUCCUCAAGAUUGCGAAGAAGCACGAUCGCAAGCGCGGUGACCGCUACAAGGUCCGGCCCAUGAUGCGGGUCAGCUUGUCGGAUCGUGGUUUCAACUCGGAACAGGCAUAUACGCCUCUCCUUACGAAGCUGUCUUUGAUGUACUAUGCUGUCAAUCAAAAUCUGGACGAAGGUGAGCAGGGGCAACCUCUGGAUCUUGGCUUAGAGAAUCAGCCGGAGGUGCAUAAUGGCGAGCGGUACACCGCCCACAAAUUUUGGAUACAUACGGAAAACCUCCUCGAGGUCAAGACCGCUAUCUUGCGACACUUACCUGCUCUUGUCUACACCCAACAAGCUGGACAAGAUCCCGACGGCAACGAAGAUCCUAAGAUCACGUCGCUCUACUUUGACAACUCCAAGUUCGAAUUAUACGGCAGAAAGGUGGACCGCCAAGUCGAUGCUUCGUCUUUGAGGUUGCGCUGGUAUGGGCAAGUAAAUUCGAAGCCGGAGAUUGUCCUUGAACAGAAGAUAGUCCACGAGAAUGGCAUUAGCGAAGAAAAGAAAUUCAUGAUCAAAAGCAAAUAUCUUAAGCAAUUUAUCGACGGAGAUUAUAAAAUGGAUAAGACUAUCCAAAAAAUGGAAAGGCAAGGCCAGACAGCCGAAGCUAUCGAGUCCUUCAAGACUACUGUGGGAGAAAUUCAGGAAUUUAUCAUCAGGGCCAAGUUAGAACCUGUCCUACGGGCCAAUUAUACCCGUACGGCGUUCCAAAAGCCUUCCGAUGAUCGCGUCCGAAUUUCGAUCGACACUGACGUCGCUUUUAUCCGUGAGGACACCCUGGACCGUGAUAGGCCGUGUCGCGAUCCUCAGGAGUGGCACCGGCGGGAUAUCGACGAAAAUAAUAUGAAAUAUCCCUUCAAGAAUAUAAACCAGAGCGAGGUGUCAAGAUUUCCUUAUGCACUUCUCGAGAUCAAGCUGAAGGAGGAAGGAGGGCGCAAGCGGCCGGGAUGGAUAGAAGACCUAAUGGCUUCUCAUCUUGUCCAUGCUGCGCCAAGAUUCUCCAAAUUCGUACACGGAGUUGCAUCCCUAUUCGAGGACUAUGUUAAUCAGUUACCGCUUUGGCUGAGCGAUCUUGAGACGGAUAUCCGCAAAGACCCCCAGACGGCGCACGAUGAAGAGGAGCAACGGAAAGCGCAGCAGGCAGAAGAUGCCAUGGUUGUAGGCAGCUUCUUAGGCGGUGGCGCUGCUGCCGCCAGGAUUGGCUCUUAUAAACCAGCAACAAGUUCACCAGUUGGAAAGUCGUAUCUAUCUGAGCGAGCCGCUAGAGAAGCUAGGACGUCUGCACCCCCGACUGCUGUAAAUGGUCACGGUGGACGGGAUGAUGAGGACGGUACAGGGAAUGGUUCCACUCAGCAAAGGAGUUAUGGGACCCUUUCUUCUGUUUUCCCCGGCUUCUCCCUCUCCCGGUAUUCUCGAGCAAAACGCCAGCGAGCACAACUUCCCGAAGGUGUUACAAAACCAGAGGUCUGGCUCAAGAACGCGGGGCCACUUCAAGUUGAACCAAAGGUCUGGCUCGCUAACGAGCGGACGUUCCUCAAAUGGCAGCACAUUUGCAUUCUUCUUGGUAGCCUAGCAAUUAGUCUAUACACAGCAGCGGGGGAGAACUUCCUGGCUGAGUGUAUGGGUAUUGCGUAUAUCGUGAUUGCUGUCCUCGCUGGAGGAUGGGGAUACUUUAUGCUGCACAAGCGCCGCGACAUGAUCGUAGAUCGUAGUGGCAAGGACUUCGAUAACAUGAUAGGGCCGCUAGUCAUCAGCGCUGCCUUGAUGCUCGCUUUGAUACUUAAUUUUGUGUUCUCGUACCGAGCCGCGUUUGCAAGAUUGAAUAAUCAUCUGUCGAACGAAACUGAAGCAGCGUUUAUUGGGGAGCUCUUGUAA